AUGAAAACUCUCAAUCAAUUUGCUAGUAGAUAUGAACAGCAGACAGCCCAAGGCAUCAAUCAAACCCGUGAGCAGGAAGCUCGUGACUUUCAGAAAUUCAAUUCUGCUGGUAUGAAGUUGGAGUCUCAUGUCCAGGACGUUGAACACGAAACACAUGAAUUGGAAAAGGAAGUCGGAGCCUUUGAAGAAGCUUAUAACAAGCGUGUCCGUUUUGAAGACGAACGUUUUCAACAGGCUUCUAAUGUUAUGGCUCAAGCUCAAAAUAAGGAAUUGGAUCUCCAAACCCAAAUCACUGCCUUAAAAGAACAAAUGGAAACUUUCAGCACUACCCAACCGGCAGCGGCAUCAACUGGCCCCAAGUCCAGCUUUGUUACAACCGAAAACAUCGCCACUCAGAUUAAACGUAUUUUUCCCCAAGCCGAUUUAACCAACAACGAUUGGAAUCAACCUACAAACGAAUUCCCACCUUUUAUGGAUUUCAAAAUCUUGCUUUGCUAA